CUCGCCGGCUCGCUGCCUUCGCCGGUCGCCGGCCGGAGCCCAGACACGCAGGAGGACCCUUCCUCUCCUUCCUGCCCGCUAGGUCCUCGGCGGCAGCGGCGCCCCUCUGCGAGCUGCGACCCUGCCCUGCCACGGUCGUCUGGCUCCCCUGCAAGGCGGGCGGCAGCCGCCUGGUCACCAGGCCGGCACUCGACCAGCAGCAGGUCAGCAACCCUGCCCCAGUUAGCCUGAUUUAAGUUGCAUAAGUUCAUCACUUCGUAUUCCUGCGCUUCUUCUUCCAAGCUUGAUGGCUAUGCUUGAUUGAAGCAAUGAGGAUCUUGCUCCAGGCGUGCCGCCAUUGCUGCAGUCUGACAUCCUUUUCUUGUGCUGCCGGAGCUGCCUUCACUGCCAAUUGCGGCGGUGGCCCAUGGAGGAGGCUUCGCGUUCUAGCUGCACAGUAUCUUUCCACGAGCACAACUGCCAGCACGAUUCUGCCAUGGGAAGCGCCAUCCCGUGAAACUCUACUGAGGACAAUCGAUGUUGCUUUCAAAGAUGGCAAUGUUGACGAGGCGCUGCGAGCAUUUGGCAAUUAUAAAAGCCUGCACGGCCUUCCCGAGCCAAGGGUAUUGAAUGGUAUCAUUGUGUCGCUGUCCUACACAUCUAGUCGGAGGUGGCUUCAGAGAGCCUAUGACUUGGUUCUCUCAGUUUAUCAGUGUAACACCAAUCUUCUCAACUCUAGCUCGCUGAUGAGGCUAGCUUUGGCACUUGCAAGAGAUCAGAUGCCUGUCCCUGCCUCUGCGGUCCUGAGGAUCAUACUGGAGAGCGGCAAGCUUCCUGAUGCUGAUAUGUUGAACAUGGUGUUUUUGCACAUGUUGAAGUCACAAGUAGGAUCCUAUCUUGCGGCUGAUGUUCUGGCUCAGACCUGUGAGUGUUUCUUGGAUCAAAUUUCAGAUAGGCGACAGCUGAAAAAAUUGGACCCAAUCAAGAACAAUGUCACCUUGUUCAAUAUGAUUUUGGAGUCUUGUGUUAACUUCAAAUGCAUCAUCAGAGCCCAGAAAAUAAUGGAACUGAUGUCAUUGGUCGGGGUUGUGGCCGAUGUAAAUACAAUGGCGGUCGCUAGCCGUGUCUGUGAAAUGGUUGGGCAGCGAGAUGAGUUGAUGACCAUGAAAGGAAGCAUCGAUUCUUUCUCCUCUUUGCCACUCUUUCAGCAAUGUCAACAUUUUUACGACAGUUUAUUGAGCCUGCAAUUUAGUGGUAAUGACAUGGAUGCUGCUGCAGAUCUUGUAAUGAAUCUGCAUCGGCAACGGAACUCAUGCGGCAAUGAUGCGCAGAAACAAGGGAUGAUACAAAUUGGCUCUGGUAACCUAAAAAGUGGGUACAGAAUAAUGUUUGACCCAACAAAAUUGGACAAAGGUUUUGUUUUAGAUAUAAAAAACCAGUCUGGCCUUGUUGUUCCUAUCAGCGGAAAUCUUGUUCCUAGUGAGAAGGCUCUUGCUAAACUUAUUGUAGGCUGUGUGAAAGCAGAGAAACUGGGUGCACUCUCUAGCUUCUGUAUUGCAUUGCAUAAGGAAGAACUAAAGGGAAUUUCUGCUUCAGAUGUGAUCAAUGCAUGUAUUCAGAUGGGAUGGUUGCAUGCCGCUCAUGAUAUCCUGGAUGCUUUAGAGUUAGCUGAGACUCCUGUGGGGGUUGGUACUUACAUGUCUCUUCUCAGAGCAUAUGAGAAUGAGCAUAAACCCGAAGAAUUCAAUGGGCUUCUCCAACAGAUACAGAAAAUAGCAUCUACCAUGGAUGAAUUUCAUACUAGUCCAUCGUUUACAAUAAAGGACAUUGCCAAAAUUGUCAAGGAUGAGAUGCCCCAAACUAAAUCAUCUUUGCUUUCCAGUUUGGUUGAAGAAACAGAACACUAUAACCCUGGAGAUCACUUAACCUUUGAGUUCAAUAAUUCAAUUCUUUUCUUCUGCAAGGCAAAAAUGAUGGAAGAUGCUCUGGGCACAUAUAAAUGCAUGAGAGAGCAAAACAUUAGACCCAAUCUGCAUACCUUUUGCCACAUACUGUGUGGAUAUUCGUCAUUAAGCAUGUAUAGGGAGAUCACCAUACUGUGGGGAGAAAUAAAGCGCAGACUCGAAUACAGAGAAAUAUCUGUGGAUGGGGAUUUGCUUGACUGCUUGGUUUUGGAGUUCCUCAAAGGUGGCUAUUUUUCAAGGGUGAUGGAGGUUAUUAGUUACAUGACAACCCAUCAAAUUUACUGUGACAAGUGGAAAUAUAGGCAAGUCUUUCUUAAGCUGCACAAGAAUCUGUAUAGGAACUUGAACUCAUUGCAUGACAAAACAGAAGCUCAGAGCAAAAGGAUUGAUGAUGUCCGAGCUUUCAGGUCAUGGGCGGGCAUCGAAUAGAUAAAGCCGGAGUACAACGCUGUGAGGAUUAGAUUAGGACCAAUAUGGGAGCACAUCACUUGGGAGCCAUGGAAGGAAAGAUGCAGCUAGUGCUGGAGGCCCUAGGUGCAGAUGUUGUGCUUGAGGAGGUGAGGGGCAGAGAAAGAAGGGGUACUCUUCGGAAGGCGCCAAAUAAUUUAGUAAUUAAAAACAUGUACGUAUCUUUUCGGAAUCAAUCAAAUAUGAUCAAGUAUUUAAACCUGA